AUGGCUCCCGCCGUAGACGUUGAGACACCGGUUGAUGUCAUCCAGAGCUUGAAAACCAAGGCUAAACAAGUAGAUCGCUCAAUCUUCCCAGAUGGACUGAAGACUACAGGUCAACAUCCACCGCUGUAUGAUCAGCUUUACCCUUACAGCGCGUUUCCUAAACGCAUCGAGGGACCUACAGAGUGGAAGGCAGAGGACUAUGCCAACAAUCCGGAGAGAUGGGUCCACCAAUUCUCCGCGGAGGAACUGGCUGAGAUAUACAAGGCGGCGGAUAACUUCAUAAAUCUAGGUCUGCCACUAACCGGAAUCUCAAAAGAAAACUUCCGACUUCCAAACUUAGAAUCGGCAUUGGAGACUAUGCGUCGCGAGCUUCUAAACGGAAAGGGUUUUAUUCUGUAUAAAGGCUUCCCCGUCAACGAAUGGGGGAUCCCUAAAUCGGCCGUUGCCUAUAUGGGCCUGGGAGUCUACAUCGGCUACCCGGUAUCGCAGAAUGGCCAUGGGCACAUCCUGGGCCACGUCAAGGACCUCGGGGAGGACAGCACGCAGAUCGACAAGGUGCGAAUAUACCGGACCAACGCGCGGCAGUUCUUCCACGCGGACGACUGCGACAUCGUCGGGCUGCUCUGCCUGUCCAAGGCGGAGUUCGGCGGCGAGUCGGACGUGGCCUCGAUCCACAACGUGUGGAACAUCCUGCAGGAGGAGCGGCCCGACGUCGCGGAGCUGCUCACGAAGCCGAUCUGGUACUUCGACCGCAAGGGCGAGGUCUCGGAGGGCGAGGAGCCGUACAUCCGGACGUCGGUGUUCUACCUCGAGACGCCGGACCCGGCAGACCCGGCGCGCGAGCAGCGCGUGUACUGCAAGUGGGACCCGUACUACGUGCGCAGCCUGACGCGGUUCUCCGACAAGGGGAUCAUCCCGCCGCUGUCCGCCGAGCAGCAGGAGGCGACGAGGGUCCUCGAGGAGACCUGCGAGCGGGUGAAGCUGCACAUGGUCCUGGACGUGGGUGACAUCCAGUUCGUCGCCAACUCGCACACGCUGCACGCGCGCACGGCGUACCGCGACUUCGGUCCCGACAGCGGCAAGCCCAGGCGCCACCUGCUGAGGCUGUGGCUGUCGGUGCCGCAGGACGAGGGCGGUUGGAGACUGCCGUUCUGGGACUCGGACGAGAAGAAGCGCGGGGGGAUCCAAGUUAAUGAUAACGCACCGGUGGCGAGGCUAGAGGCGGAUUAG